GCCGCUGUCCAAGAAAGUUGAAGAAACAUCGUUGACGACAGUGCUGAGUCCUCGUUACCUUCCCCACUCGCUUUCCCUUCCUCCUCUUUCCUUCAUGCUUCUCGGCCACCCUACAAACAACCUCUAACCUCUUGGUUUAUCUACUCUUGUUACCCGUCAUUGUCUUGAAUUUUUUUUCCUGUUUCAAUUCAUAGAUUUAAUUUAUGGGCAUUUUCUCUAAUUGUUUCAUAUCAAGAUCGUUCACUGCUACCCAAAGGUCUUAGCUUUCGAAGAUUAUUACUGUGUUUGGCUUGGAUUUUGGGACUAUUUACAUGGAGAUCUUUUUUGGCUGAAUACUCUACAUGGAGAUUAAAUUGAGAGAAAACCGUCUACUUUUUGUAAUUUCCGCUAAAUUUCAGAUAGCAGGGAGAAAAAAAUUUUGGCCAUAAGAAAUAAUCGCUUUUGGAUGGCAAAGAGUUGCAUAUAAAGCUUAGGUAUGUGUCGUCAUUAGCCGGAAAAUCUGCAAGCAUGGUUAGUAACUCAAGCAAGACCCAUUUCACGGCUGAUAUGAGCGCCCAUGAGGUGGCGCUUGAACUGGAUGUGGACGUAGAGUCUGGUGAUGCCACCGUGGUCGGGGAACCUCAGCUUGUUUCUUCUGACUCAAUCAAAGAGAUCGUCAAAUGUCUAGAUGAAAUCAACCUGGAAAUGGCCAAUUUCAACCUCAAGUGUAAGGAAGAUAUAUGGAACAAUCAUGAAUUUUUCUUGUUCCUGGAGGAUUACUUUCAAAAUAGUCUCAGGGCAUUGGACUUCUGCGCUGCCCUUAAGGACUGCCUGAAGCGCACACGUGAUAACCAGUUGAUAGUUGCAAUUAAUAGUUUCGAGGAAGAAGUGGAAGAUGUGCUUGAUGGGGUGGAGUAUGUGAAGACGUUACGAGAGUUGAGGAAAUUCAAGGAUGCUGAGGACCCAUUUACCGACGAGUUUUUUCAACUUCUGGGAUCAGUUUAUGAGGAGCACGAAUCGAUGUUGGAGAAAUUGAAGCCUUGGAAAACAAAGCUAGACAAGGAAUUGAAACAUAUGAAGAGAUGGAAGAAAGUCAGUCUUCUUGUUGUUGCAUUUGUGCUUGUGUUAGUUUCCGUGUUAGUUUCCACGGUGGUGUUAGCUGCCAUUAAAACUCCGGCUUGGGCAAAGGUAUUGACGGGUUUAUUGUCGUCUGUUCCAACGGGCUAUCUGGUACAUGUGUGCAACUCAUUUUUUAAGAGCCUUCUGAGUGCACUGGAAGGAAAAAGGGGAGUAAUCAGCUCAAUGCGAGAUGGCACUCGUACCACAAAGAAGGACUUGGGUAACAUUAAGGCACUUAUUCAUAAACUGCGAAAUGAGACUGAUUCAAUGCUAGACACAACUGAUUUGGCUCUUGGUGAAAAGGAGGCAGUGACGGUUGUGAUACCUGAGAUCCAGAAGAGGCUCGAAAUGCUUACAAAUACUGCUCAGAAUCUAAGGGAUAAUGCUGAUAGGUGUAGAGACAAUAGUGUGGGUUGGAGGAAGUUGGUUUUGCGGUCAAUGUUCAGACGUGAGCGUGACUGAAAAAACCUUUGGCAUGUGGUCAGAGAUAACACUUGUCAUGCUGGUGUUUGUCAUUGUGAGUUUGUUAAAUAAAAUAAAAAAAUUCUCAUUUGCCCCCUUGGAUGAUCAAGUUUGGUAGAUCAUUCUUUGGUGCACCGGUGAAAGUCAUAUUUUGAACAAUGUCUACUAAAAUUGUUCUAUAUUAUAUUAGGUAAACACAUUUUAUCUUAAAGAUGAGUUGCAGUAACUUCAUCCUUAGAAUCAUAUAUAAAGUAAAAUGUAGCAUCUUCAUUUUAAUAUUUUA